AGAAUGAGAAUAGAGGUCAUGAAAGGUUAGUUAUGUCAAACUGAUACUAAUUUUAUCAGAAAAGAAAAUCUGCAGUAAGCAUUCGCCGGUAUUUAAUAAUAAAUUGCUCUAAAAGUACAUCGCUAAAAUGCCUGCGAAGUACAAGAUUGUUAUGAUUCGACACGGAGAGAGUGAGUGGAAUCAGAAGAAUCUCUUUUGUGGCUGGUAUGAUGCUGACCUAAGCGAUAAAGGACGUGAAGAAGCACUUUCAGCAGGAAAAGCUUUGAAGGCUGAAGGAUACCAGUUUGAUGUAGCUCACACCUCAGUACUGAAAAGAGCUCAAAUCACUCUAAACUCUAUCCUCCAAGAGUUGGGUCAGACUGAUAUUCCUAUUAAUAAAACCUGGAGACUGAAUGAGAGGCACUAUGGUGGUCUCACAGGUCUCAACAAGGCAGAGACUGCUGCAAAAUAUGGUGAAGCUCAGGUGCAAAUCUGGCGUCGUAGUUUCGACAUCCCACCUCCUGCAAUGGAGAAGGAUCACCAGUAUUAUGACACCAUUGUAAAUGAUCCUCGCUAUGCUGGUGACCCAAAACCCGAUGAGUUCCCUAUGUUUGAAAGCUUAAAGCUCACCAUUCAACGCACUUUGCCAUACUGGAACGAAGUGAUCGUGCCACAGAUUAAGGAGGGCAAAAAAAUAAUUAUUGCUGCUCACGGCAACAGCCUCAGAGGAAUCGUCAAGCAUUUAGAUGAUCUGUCGGAUGCUGCUAUAAUGGAACUGAACUUGCCCACUGGUAUUCCCUUUGUGUAUGAACUCGAUGAGAACAUGAAACCCGUGGAUUCCAUGGUAUUCCUCGGUGACGAGGAAACUGUCAAGAAAGCGAUGGCAGCUGUGGCAGCACAGGGCAAGGCAAAGUAAACAGAAGUCAUAAUAUGGGUCACUGUUUUUGUUUUAUUUAUUUAUUUGUUGUAUGUGAAACAUUUUUAUUUAACAAUAGUGAAAUUUAAACAGCUAUUUAUUUAUAUUGUAAGCUUCUGUGCCUAAAUUACAGCGCAUAAACUAGGCACAAAAAAAUUUAUAAUGCAACUCUAAUGUAGGUUGCUAUUAAGAGAAACAUAGAUUUCAGAUUGUUAAUAUUGGUCUGGAAUGUAUGUAUGUUGAUCUGUUUUAACAUUUAUGCGUCACUCAUAUAUUUGUGCUUGUUGAUUUAGUAAUUUAGAUUUUUAAUAAAAUGAAAAGGUUAUUUUUAUGAUAACAUCAUUCUAUUAGUCAUUUCUAAAUUUAACAUAUAAUAACUUUGAAAGUUCAACUAAUGAGUGUCAACAAAAGAUUUAUUAAUACCACUUUAAUUUGUUACUGUCAUUAAAAAUAUGCCUUUCAAAGUUUGUUGAGUAUGUUUGAAUAAUAUAGAUACACAAUAUAUCUGUUGUAUGUGAAAAUAUUGUAAGUGUAAUAAAUGUGUCAUUUAUUCUA